UUGUUCUGCUUUAAUAUCUAAAAAUGUUUUGAUAUUUCUUGGCCCUAUAAAGGCACACUUUUAAACUCUACUUGAUACAGAAUAUUGCUCAAUAAUAAGCUCAAUAUUGGUGGUAUUACAUUUAAUAUUGCCAUUUGUUUAACUUUUGCUCUCUCACUGCUCAAGUAAGAAUAGUUUAAAACAUUUCUAUAAAUAUUUAUUUCAUUUACAUUUAUUGAUGUAUCAACAUGUGUUUAUAUUGACAGUAUUCCAGCAUGUGUUGUAAACUUUCAAUGAAUUCCCUCACCAUGCGGGGUGGUUGAUUCCUACUCCCAACUGUAGAGCAGACAAAGGAGUAGGAGGAGUUAGAUGGGAGGCAGUGGGAGGGCUCACCACAGCUGCUUUCCCUUCCAAAGUACAAAACCUGCCUGUGAUACCGGCACAAAGGAGAAGAAGAGCUCUGUCUGAGUGUGAUGCCUGCUGAGCAAAAGCUUGGGAGGCUGUCAGAGUGAGAGAGACAUACGGGGGAAGGAGAAGUAGACCUACUGAGGGACUCAGUCAGGUAGCAAGAGAAAGAAAGAAGAGGGAACCAGUGAGACACUCACAUUGUGACACACUCAAAUCUCCAGAGCUCGUCUGAAUGAGCCUGGUGGUUUGUAGUGAGGACCUUGUGAGAGAGGAGGAAAGCUAACAACAACUUUGCUGCUUUGGAACUGAAAAGGACAAAACAAAAAUACAGGACUGAGUUUUGACAAAGAGAAAGGAUUUUGCCAUGUGGACAUCUCUCUGUGUGGGCCCUGAAUGUGGAUUUACCAUCAUUUCUUUUGUGGACUCAGCGGCUCCUGCUUAUUGAGGACGUCUUGAGUGAAAAGGCGACGCAUUUUGUGUGGACUGAUCCAUGUGAGUAAGUGAAGCUCAGUCUGCAACUUGUGGGCUGCAGCCUGAGACAGGACAGGACAGGGGGAGGGGAGGACGCUCCUGCCUGAGUCUCUCUAUCCUCUGGGAGGGGGUCUUUUCAAUAUGAGGUAACCCCCAUGAUAGCUACAUCCAGAUAGGGUCUCAUGUUGACCAUGUGCAGCAGUGCUCUCUAACAUGGGGCAGUCAUGUUGGAAAGAAACCUUUGUACCAAUGGCCUGAAUUAUCAGAUGACAGAGUGUCUUUUAAUGUGUCCUGGUUUAGGACUGUUCUGUGCUUUACUCUCCAUUCAUGGUGAAUUCAUUGUACAGGGCAGCCCUUUCAUUAUAUAGCCAUUACAUAACAGACACCCCUCGUCCGGCCACUCUUUGUCUCUCAGAAUGUACAACAGUACCCUCCCUCCCGACAACUUCACCCAGCGCUGUGCUGAAAAUAUCUCAGCAAACAGCUCUACCUGUGAGAAGAACGAUGGGUUCAAGUACCCGCUGUACAGCACCAUCUUCAGCAUCGUGUUUGUGGUGGGACUGAUCACCAAUGUUGUGUCCAUUUACAUAUUCACCUGCUCCCUGAAGCUGCGGAACGAGACCACGACCUACAUGAUGAACCUGGUCGUGUCUGACCUGCUGUUUGUCUUCACGCUGCCUCUGAGGAUCUUCUACUUCAUCAACGGGAACUGGCCUUUCGGAAACACGCUCUGCAAGGUCUCCAACUCGCUCUUCUACACUAACAUGUAUGGCAGCAUGCUCUUUCUCACCUGCAUCAGCGUGGAUCGCUUCCUAGCCAUUGUCUACCCUUUUCGCUCGAGGGCUCUCCGGAACAAGCGCAACGCCAAGAUAGUGUGCGUCGCCGUGUGGGUGUUGGUGCUCUCCGGGAGUCUCCCCACCGGAUUCAUGCUGGAGACCACCUCACGCGAAAACAACAAGACUAACGUCAUUAAAUGCUUCGAGAACUUCUCCUCCAAGCAGUGGAAAGCUCACCUGUCCAAGGUGGUGAUAUUCAUAGAGACAGUGGGCUUCCUCAUCCCGCUCCUACUCAACGUGUGUUGCUCCAUCAUGGUGCUGCAGACUCUGCGCCGGCCCCAGACCAUCAAUCGUGGGGGGAAGCUGAACAAAACAAAGAUCCUGCGCAUGAUAAUUGUGCACCUCUUCAUUUUUUGCUUCUGCUUCAUCCCCUACAAUGUGAACUUGGUUUUCUACGCUUUGGUCCGCACUAACACUUUAAAAGGCUGCUUUGUGGAGUCAGUGGUGCGGACGAUCUACCCGAUAGCCCUCUGCAUUGCUAUAUCCAACUGCUGCUUUGAUCCCAUUGUGUACUAUUUCACCUCGGAGACUAUCCAGAACUCCAUCAAGAGGAAGUCUCAGGUGAACCGUUUGUAUGACGUCAAGUUCUCUGAGGCGCUCCAGUCAGAAACAAGCUCCAACCUGCAGUGUAGCCUGCGGAACCUCAAAGCUAAAGUCUUCCACAAUGAGUCGUCAGUGUGAUGGCAGGGUUCCAACACACAACAUGAACAAUCCAUCUUUCCUUAGAAAAAUGAACCUCCUUCAGACAAUGGGAAGGUUGUUUGUUUUUGGAGUGCUUUAUGGAACACCUGCCAAAAGAGGUAUUCUCUUCAUCUCAGGGCAAAUGUUUGGACUUGUCAUUGACGGCCUCGGCUCUGCAGUAUUAUUGCUACAUGCAUCUGUGACUACUCAUUAUGACUACUCAUUCAUUUCACUUUCCUGUGGAGUAUUUUGUAAUUGUGUUAAGCACAAUUACUCUGCAUGUGAUCAUGAGGGGAAUGUGAUCCAGGAGGACAGUUAUGAUAUUGAUAUUGAAUGCUACUUGUGCCUGUAUAUUUGUAGAUUUCUGUGGUAAGUUGUGGUGCUAACUUUAGAUUAGCAUCCAUUAAAUUAACAUAAAGUUAUAUCAAGAUAUUGAUUGUGCAGGGCUUCUUUUUUUAAAUUGUGAAUUUCAAAUAAUUCAAAAGAAGUGCCUUUUUUGUUCUUGCACCAUUUCAUUAUCGCCUAUGUCUUUAUUGACCAUUAAAUGCACUGACACAGAAUUUCACAUACUGCACUCAUGCCACAGUAAUGAAUAAAAGUCAUGUACUGUUUAAAA